AUGGAUACUGUGUCCGGGCGAAAUAGCUUCUUAGUCUUGACGUGGUACAAAACAUCCAUGAACGACUCGGCCCCCACGCGCGAGUUGAAUUGCAGGACGGUUUCCUCUUCAUCAACACCCGUGCCAAUAGCGACAGCCCGGCCGCUUUGGAAAUAG